AUGCCAAACGAACAUAGUACUGCAAUGACCCUGGCCGGGAGAGGAAAUAACGAAGAAGACAAUGAGAUAGAAUUGAUCAAGAACGAGGAUAUCCUUCGAAUCGAUAAUCCACCUAAGCGGUCUUGCCUUUUCUGUAGGGCCACCAGUGGAGAUUUUGUCCCUCGAAGUGAUGACGACUUUGAGCAACAGCCCGCUGGAUCAACCAGUAAAGAGUUGAAUAACAAGCAAGACGAGCGUAUUGGUCACCGCUUCAUUGAUGUGACACAAUCACCUGUCGAAAGAGCUACCAUCAAGAUCCCCGAUCCAAGUGAGAUGACGUAUUCCUAA